CGCGGCCUGGAGGUUAUAAAAGGGCUAACUGGCUCCCUCUGCUGCCCAGUCGCGCCGCCAGCGGACUGAGGGCAGGGUGUAGGUAGCCGGCCCCGGGGGCAGGCGACAGGGACCUGAGGAGCGUGCCGUCGUCCCGUCCCACGUUCCAGGUGUGUGAACCUAUAAAAUUAAAUCUUCCAAGAUGAUUUGGUGUAUUUUCAUACUAGGCAUUCUACUUCCUCAAUCUUUUGCCCAUCCAGGAUUUUUUACUUCAAUUGGUCAGAUGACUGAUUUGAUCCAUACUGAGAAAGAUCUGGUGACUUCUCUGAAAGAUUAUAUUAAGGCAGAAGAGGACAAGUUAGAACAAAUAAAAAAAUGGGCAGAGAAAUUAGAUCGGCUAACCAACACAGCAACCAAAGAUCCAGAAGGAUUUGUUGGGCAUCCUGUGAAUGCAUUCAAGUUAGUGAAACGUCUGAACACUGAGUGGAGUGAGUUGGAGAAUCUAGUCCUUAAGGAUAUGUCAGAUGGGUUUAUUUCCAACCUAACCAUUCAGAGGCAGUACUUCCCAAAUGAUGAAGAUCAGGUUGGGGCAGCCAAAGCUCUGUUGCGUCUCCAGGAUACCUACAACUUGGAUACGGAUACCAUAUCGAAGGGUAAUCUUCCAGGUGUAAAACACAAAUCUUUCCUAACAGCUGAGGACUGUUUUGAGUUGGGCAAAGUGGCAUAUACAGAAGCAGAUUAUUACCACACAGAACUGUGGAUGGAACAAGCACUAAGGCAGCUGGAAGAAGGCGAGAUUUCUACCAUAGAUAAAGUUUCUGUUCUAGAUUAUUUGAGCUAUGCAGUGUACCAGCAAGGAGAUCUGGAUAAGGCACUUUUGCUCACAAAGAAGCUCCUCGAACUAGAUCCUGAACAUCAGAGAGCUAAUGGUAACUUAAAAUAUUUUGAGUAUAUAAUGGCUAAAGAAAAAGAUGCCAACAAGUCUGCUUCAGAUGGCCAAUCUGAUAAGAAAACCACACCGAGGAGAAAAGGGGUUGCUGUGGAUUACCUACCAGAGAGACAGAAGUACGAAAUGCUGUGCCGUGGGGAGGGUAUCAAAAUGACUCCUCGGAGACAGAAAAAACUCUUUUGCCGCUAUCAUGAUGGAAACCGGAAUCCUAAAUUCAUUCUGGCUCCAGCAAAGCAGGAGGAUGAGUGGGACAAGCCUCGUAUUAUUCGCUUCCAUGAUAUUAUUUCUGAUGCAGAAAUUGAAAUUGUCAAAGAUCUAGCAAAACCAAGGCUGAGGCGAGCCACCAUUUCAAAUCCAAUAACAGGAGACUUGGAGACGGUACAUUACAGAAUUAGCAAAAGUGCCUGGCUUUCUGGCUAUGAAAACCCUGUGGUGUCUCGAAUUAAUAUGAGAAUACAAGAUCUAACAGGACUAGAUGUUUCCACAGCAGAGGAAUUACAGGUAGCAAAUUAUGGAGUUGGAGGACAGUAUGAGCCUCAUUUUGACUUUGCACGGGUAAGUAAAAACAAAAAUAGAGAAUGAAAGAAAUCCAUUGAUGUAUAGUCAUUACAUUUGAAGGAAAAACUAUUCAUGAAACACUUGUUAGAGAUAAUAAAAACGACUCUAUUCAAGGGAGAGCUAUAGAGGUAGAUGUAAGGACCAGUAAUGUGCUUUCACAGUGUGAGAGGGAGAAUAAGCUCAACUCCAGAUAUAACAAGGAAAAGUGGGAAUAAAUACCAAGGAGCAGGUGUGGGGUCAGUAGAUGGAAAAUGACUAAAAGGUAAGGGAGGAUUCUGGCUGAUCCAACCAUCAGGAUUCUUGAUGGAGUCAGGACAAGAUGAUCAGACAGUACCUGAGAAAUGGUAUCAAAUGAGGAACCAGAUUUGAUAUUGAGGAUGAUCAGGUAUUGAGGAUAGGGAUGGGGCAGAUUCUGCUAAACUAACUUAGCAGGAUUCUUGUUAAAAUUAGACAAUACAGAGACAAACACAGAAGUCCCCAAGUCAGGGCCUACUUGAGAAAUCAUAUGAGCCUAAGUAGAAUUUGGUAAAGGAGAGAGUGACAAUGUGUUGUUUCUUUUAUUUAAAAUUCAUAGCCUAUUUGGAAUUUGUGGAAGUGUGGUGGGAUAGAUUCUCGAUGAAGUCUUUUAAAAAACACUGUAGACGGCCGGCGCCGCGGCUCACUAGGCUAAUCCUCCACCUUGCAGCGCCAGCACACCAGGUUCUAGUCCCGGUCGGGGCGCCGGAUUCUGUCCUGGUUGCCCCUCUUCCAGUCCAGCUCUCUGCUGUGGCCCGGGAGUCCUUGGGUCCCGCACCUGCAUGGGAGUCCAGGAGAAGCACCUGGCUCCUGGCUUCAGAUCAGUGCGGUGCGCUGGCCACAGUACGCCGGCCGCAGCGGCCAUUGGGGGGUGAACCAAUGGCAAAGGAAGACCUUUUUCUGUCUUUCUCUCUCACUGUCCACUCUGCCUGUCAAAAAAAAAAACACCAAAAAAAACCAAAACACUGUAGACACCCAAUGACAGCAUUUAAGAUACUUUUGGAUGCCUUGGUGAGCCUAGAAGAAAAUAAAAAAUAUUCCCGAAGCCAAACUGAACAAAGAAAACC